GGUCAUUGCGGGAUUGUAUACACCACCAGCCAAACAAAGGCCACGGGACAGAUGAGUACGUUUCCGCACAAUCCUAAUAUCGCAUCUAUCUACAGCGAUAAACGGAUAUCAUACACUUUAAAUAGACAUCUGCGUGAUUCCUUCUAAAAGGAUACUUAAAUGAUGACGAUGCAUCAAUUUUUCGUCGUUUCUAGGUGAGCGUUGUGCAGAACACUAGAAUUCGGAAAAUGGCGGGUUCUGAAUUAAUUGUCCUCAAAGUUACUGCGUAACUAACUACAUACCAAGUGCUAAGUUCUCCAUGAAAGACCUAUAUCAGUAAUGAUCUGCUUUAGAAGAUAAAUGUAUCGGUAGAAAGAGCUGGAUUUAUAUUGCGAGCUUACAAAGUCUACUACGUAAGAUUUGAAAAAGAUGUAAGAAGUCUUCGGAAGUCUUAGAUCGGAAGUCAGAAAGUCAUACUAAACGAGUUUAUUGCGAUGGUUUAUCACCAAUCUACGCUGUUAAUUAAGAUUUUAAUUAGUAUACACUUCUAGAAGACGAAGGAACGCAUCUACUGCACGAUGUUUUUCCCUCGAAGAAAGCUGCGGAUUUUCUUGACAUGGAUUUUACUGGCCGCUUUAUUACAAAUUCUGAUUUAUGCAGUGUUGUUCGUAGAUGUUUCUAACGUUCCACGAACAAUUUCGAGAUCAAAGAAUCGGCAUUUAGUACAAGCAAGUCAGCUCCAAAGACCUGAAAGACCUGGAAUAACUUUACAACUGAAGGAUAUUGGUAGUUUGGGAAUGGACUUGGAUCGAGCUCAAGCUAUUCCAGACAGUAGAACUUUGAAUUUUGCAAAGGACUCAUUGAAUGCGAUGUCAACUUCGGCGCCAGAAUUAAAAAAAACUGCCCAAGUUUUAAUGACAGAAGAAAUUUAUGAUCUUCUGACAACGGCAAUCAAGAAAACAGGGCCAAUGUCCACUUUAGCAGAACCAGAUUUAAAAAAUGUUUUGACUUUGGAAGAUGGACGUCCCACCGGGCCGUCCGAUGUAUUUUUAGCGAUAAAGACAACUAGAAAUUAUCACCAGAGUAGAAUGCAAGUUCUGAUGAAAACAUGGAUUUCCUUGGCCAAGGAGCAAGUGUAUGUUUUCUCAGAUGGAGAUGACCCAGACCUGAACAAAUUAUUGGGUGGCCAUCUGGUUAACACCAAGUGUGAAUCCUCACAUCAUAGAGCUGCACUGUGCUGUAAGAUGCAGGCUGAACUCAACUACUUUUGGGAAAAGUCAAAUGAGAGGUGGUUCUGUCAUUUCGACGAUGAUAAUUAUGUCAACUUUCCAGCCCUAAUCAAACUUCUUCGGGAGCAUAACCACACAUAUCCCCACUACAUUGGCAAGCCUAGUAUUAAUCACAAAAUGCAGGGAUAUGAUCGUGAAAAAAAUUACAAGAUGGUAAGCUUCUGGUUUGCCACAGGGGGAGCAGGUUUAUGUCUGAGUAGAGUUCUCGUGGCUAGAAUGGCUGAGUAUUUUAGAAAUCAUGCAUUUGUGCAGACUUGUGACCGUAUUGGCUUACCAGAUGAUUGUGUCCUCGGAUACAUAGCUGAGUAUGCUCUUGGUGUGAAAUUGAAAAAAAGUAAUCUUUUCCACUCUCAUCUUGAGGGAUUGAGGUUCAUACGACAAGAAGAGCUAAGGGAUCAGGUGACAUUUAGUCACGGAUAUAUGGGCAGUUUCUACAACCGUCUUAAAAUUUCCGGACCAUUCAGUGAAGCAAUUGACCCAAGCAGGUUCAUGUCGGUGCAUUGUUUGUUGUACCCUGGAACAAUUUGGUGCCCCCCGCAUAUAUGAACAUAUUUCAUAACAUUUCACUGCAGUAUAAUAUGAAAAUUUUUUAUAUUUGAAUAAAAUGUUUUUAUAAA